AUGUAGGCUAAAUUAUUUUAUAGUGCAUAUACAUGUAUAUACUAUAUGCAAGUAAGAGAUUAGAAUCGAUUAAAAUAAUUGUGGUUAAAUAUAAAUAUAACUAUAAUCUGUAUUUCUUGAAUAUCUAUUGUCUGCUAGUGCUCAGAGAGGGAUGUGGAGUUCACUUCAUUUGCAUAAUUUUUCUUGUCUGCGGUGACGCUCUGUUUCGAGGGAGUUCACUGGGGUGUGUGAGUGUGUGUGAGAGAGUGUGUGUGUAUGUAUGUGUGCGCGCGCGCGCGUUCAUGUGUGUGUAUGUAUGUGUACGUUGAAGAGCUCACUAGAGCGCAGCCCAUGGCCGGAUUUGAUAUCGAGCUUAAGAGCACGAGCCCUCCUUAUUCAGCAUGUGAAAUGUUGAAGCGCGAGGCAAAGCGAGCAUAGGGCCUUUGUGCUUUGACCGCCGGGGCGUGCGGGGCUGCUGCGGUAUAGUCUCGCGAUUUUUGUACCGAUCUACGGAAAGGUUGACCGGAGAGAAAGAAAGAGAGAGAGAGAAUUCAAGAAGAAAGGAAUUUUGAGGACCCUUCCAGCUCGAGUCAUUCCCCGCUUCCUUCCACCGCUCCCCCCACACCACCUUCUCCACCACCCUCUCGUGACUCCUGCAAGUGCAGCUCGAGCUCUUUCUCCGUCCGCCCGAUUGAACUUUUUUUCUGCGGUGCCGCGUUUGAUCGAUCUGCGCUGCUGAAUGAGAGGAGCUCGCGCCGUGCUGCGCGCUGCUCGUCAGAGGGGAAGGUUCACCCGCGGAGCCCAUUGGCGGAGAGGAGUCACGUGACCACGUUGUGCCAAUGUUCUUCUACGACGGUGUCAGGACCCUGUCAGCUAGUGAAAUAAACAUUGGGAAACGGCGAGAUGCAAAAAGCGACCUACUACGACAGUUCGGCAAUUUACAGUGGCUACCCCUAUCAAAGUGCAAAUGGCUUAGGUUAUGAUGCCAAUCAGCAGCAAUAUCUCCAGGCCCUUCAUGUGGAAAGUGACUACCACCGACCAGCCUGUUCCCUGCAGUCCCCUGCCGGCUCCACGACGCUGCACAAGCCUGGCGAAAUCGCUGAGGGCUGCCUGCAAAGCAAAGGACCCCAAGCGACCCCGACACCCGACGGUGAUCAGCCCCCAGCCCCCGUUUCUGCAGGGGUGCCAUCCCCCAGUGCCCUGACCCAAAACCCAGCCAAUGGCCAGGGUGCAAAGAACACCGGGCAUGGCUCCCCAACAUCAGCCACGCGGAAGCAGAUCUUCCCCUGGAUGAAGGAGUCGCGUCAGAACACGAAGCAAAAAUCCUCAAGCACCAGUUCAGUGGAGAGCUGUUCCGGAGACAAGAGCCCUCCCAACUCCUCGGCCUCCAAGCGCGCCCGCACUGCGUACACCAGCGCGCAGCUGGUGGAGCUGGAAAAGGAGUUUCAUUUCAACCGCUACCUUUGCCGCCCGCGACGCGUGGAGAUGGCCAAUCUCCUCAACCUGACAGAGCGCCAGAUAAAGAUCUGGUUCCAGAACCGCAGAAUGAAGUACAAGAAGGAUCAGAAGGGGCUGGGGAUGAUGCCUUCACCUGGGGGACAGUCCCCGCACAGUCCGGUCCUGCCGUCGUCUGGAGGGGUGGGCGGAGGCGGGGGAGGAUACUUGAGCUCGAUGCAUUCUAUGGUAAACAGCGUGCCCUACGAUGUCCCGUCCCCCACUCCCUAUAGCAAACCUCAGUCCAACGCCUACAGCCUUCCUACGUCAUAUCCUCCACCAGCUCUGAACGCUUCCUUGAGUAACUGCCCGCCUUCGCACAAACGGUAUUCAGGGACCGGCUCGGCCACGCCCGAAUACGACACUCACCACCUCCAAGGCAACAACAGCUACGGGACGCAUGUGCAGGGCAGCCCCGUUUACGUUGGGGGCAAUGCGGGCUAUAAUAUGGAAACAAUGGCCAACGCAGGGGCUUCGGUGUUCGGCCUCAGCCAUCUCACGCAGCCUCCCCACGGCAGCGUGGACUACAACGGUGCGAUCAGCAUGGGAAACAGUCACCACCAAGGCCCGUGCGAGCCAACUCAAUGCACAUACACAGACCUUACAUCACACUACUCUCAGGGAAGAAUCCAAGAAGCGCCUAAACUGACUCACCUGUAAUCGUUAGGGAUCGUUGGUCCCUUUUACUUUCUCUGUCCACUGACCGGCAACCCCCCCCCUUUCAGAAUACACCAUCCACUGCUUCUCUGCCACGGUCAAUCUGAUCAUUUCGUUUCCUAUAGUUUUUUUCAAGUGAAGUAGCUUAGUACCUUUUCUUGUUGCUUGAAUAAUUUUCUAUAAUUUUUUAAAAAGAUAGUGUUAAUUCCACAGCCUUAGCAGACUGUGUUGGAAACCAUGCAUACCAUGCACAUAUAGCUAUACACGACGGCAUCGUUAUUUUGUCUUAUAAUAAUAUAUGUCUAUAUAUUUUAAAACGGAAAUUCAAACAGGGUAUAGUGCACACACAUUGCUUCUAUUCUAAAUGUGAAUUUGAAGUUGUGUUACUUUAUUUGUUCCAAUCCAAGAUCCAUUUCUUAUUUUCUUGUCUUUGUGGUUUUUGUUUGCAAUUUGUUGCACUCGAGGAAGGAUAUUCACGAGUUAAACUUACAGUUGCUCGAACUCGUGCCAUGCAGGACUUUCAAUCUUAUUUAUUUUAUUUCAUGGACUAUGAUUUAUUUUAGUAUUAUGGAUUUAAGCCCUGAGACUUUGGGGAGAAGGCAAAACAAUGCAGUCAGUCAUUGCUUGUAUUACUGGUUAUACGUAUGCUGAAACACAAGAGACCGGUGGUAACAGGCUCCUUGUUGGUAAACACAAUCAUGCAAUAAGUGUCGAGACAACAAACAGAUAUCUGGAGUUUUUUAUUUUUAUUUGUUUUUUCAAUGUCAUACAUUCCAUGCUGCUCCUGUUGAAGAAUUUUAAGAAAUAAAUAAGAUAAAACGAA